UCCCUCCCAUAACCUUUGGCUCCAAGCAGAAGCCUUUCUUCCUCCUCUCCUCUCCUCUCCACCCAACUCGUCACCUCCCUCGGGCCAACGCGAGGCCAAACCCAAUUCCCACAUCUCCUGCCGCUCUCACCGAGGACCCUUCCCCUUCCCCAAGAACUGCACCGAGUCCUAGAGCGGGAGAGAGGUAGAAGGAGGAGCCCAUAAGAGUUUCUCCUCGCCUCUCUCUCUCCCUUCCUGCUUAUCUGUCUGCGAAAAAUUCUUGUCGCAUUGGUUUGGUUCCCUUGCGAAAGGAGGCGGCUUUCUGUCUUCCUUGAUCUACAUGAUGGCGAGCACGGCGUCAGCGACCGCCGCCGCCGCCGCCGCGGCAUUCGGGGCUGCCGCCAAGCCGCGGGGAUCGUCGUCGGCCCCCUGCGCAAGGGUGGCCGCCGGCGGCAGGCGGCGCUCCGGGGUGGUGGUGCGGUGCGACGCCGGCGUGGAGGCCCAGGUGCAGGCGGUGGCCAAGGCCGCCAGCAUCGCCGCGCUCGAGCAGUUCAAGAUCUCCGCCGACCGGUACAUGAAGGAAAGGAGUAGCAUAGCUGUGAUAGGCCUCAGUGUGCACACAGCACCUGUGGAGAUGCGUGAAAAACUUGCGGUUGCAGAGGAACUAUGGCCCCGUGCUAUUCAAGAACUUACAAGUCUAAACCAUAUUGAAGAGGCUGCUGUUCUUAGUACCUGUAAUAGAAUGGAAAUUUAUGUGGUGGCCCUAUCAUGGAACCGAGGUAUCAGAGAAGUAGUGGACUGGAUGUCAAAGAAAAGUGGUAUUCCUGCUUCUGAGCUUAGGGAGCAUCUGUUCAUGCUGCGUGACAGUGAUGCUACACGCCAUCUGUUUGAGGUAUCGGCUGGGCUGGACUCUUUGGUUCUGGGUGAAGGACAAAUCCUUGCUCAAGUUAAACAAGUUGUGAGAAGUGGACAAAACAGUGGAGGCCUGGGAAAGAACAUUGAUAGAAUGUUCAAGGAUGCAAUUACAGCUGGAAAGCGUGUGCGUUCUGAGACUAACAUAUCAUCUGGUGCUGUUUCUGUCAGUUCAGCGGCAGUUGAAUUGGCCCUGAUGAAGCUUCCAAAGUCUGAAGCCCUGUCAGCUAGGAUGCUUUUGAUUGGUGCUGGCAAAAUGGGAAAAUUAGUGAUCAAACAUCUGAUUGCCAAAGGAUGCAAGAAGGUGGUUGUGGUCAACCGUUCAGUGGAAAGGGUGGAUGCAAUCCGUGAGGAGACGAAAGAUAUCGAGAUUGUGUACAGGCCGCUCUCAGAGAUGUAUGAAGCUGCAGCUGAAGCUGACGUGGUGUUCACGAGCACUGCAUCUGAAACCCCAUUGUUCACAAAAGAGCACGCAGAUGCACUUCCCACUAUUUCUGAUGCCAUGGGUGGUGUUCGGCUUUUCAUCGACAUAUCUGUCCCAAGGAAUGUCAGUGCGUGUGUCUCUGAAAUUGGCUCUGCACGAGUAUACAAUGUUGAUGACCUGAAAGAGGUGGUGGAAGCCAACAAGGAAGACCGUCUCAGGAAGGCAAUGGAGGCGCAGACAAUCAUCACUGAAGAGCUGAAACGGUUUGAGGCAUGGAGGGACUCUCUGGAGACCGUUCCAACCAUCAAGAAGCUGAGGUCAUAUGCCGACAGGAUCCGGGCCUCGGAGCUCGAGAAGUGCCUGCAGAAGAUCGGGGAUGAUGUUCUCACCAAAAAGAUGAGGAGAGCUAUCGAGGAGCUAAGCACCGGCAUUGUGAACAAGCUCCUCCACGGUCCGCUGCAGCACCUGAGGUGCGAUGGCAGUAACAGCCGCACCCUUGAUGAAACGCUCGAGAACAUGCACGCUCUCAACCGGAUGUUCAGCCUCGACACUGAGAAGGCGAUCAUCGAGCAGAAGAUCAAGGCUAAGGUGGAGAAGACCCAAAAUUGAGGACAUGAAGCAAUUUUUCUUAACCGUGUAUACAUACCCUCCAAUCCGAUUCCAAUUUUUUUGAUCAUUUCACUUACUGAGCUCCUCCCCUGCUUGCUGAGACGUCAACUGUGCCGCACAUUAGCGCCAUGGCAGCAGCUCAUUCUGUUGAGAUAGAGUGGCAAAUUGUCUCUACUCCAGCUGCUUUUCUUUGUACAUUAUUGCUUGAGCUGCUGUGACAAGAGCUCCAUUCUUCGUAAUCUUAAGCUAUAUACUUUAUUCGGACGACAGGAAUCUAUCGAUGUGGCUGAUGUUGUUUCCCCUUUGGCAUUAUACUUGUAAGGUUUACUAUAUGAGAGGAUUAUCUAUUUGGCACUGAAACAAAUAACUCUUCCAUAUAUAGCACUUCAAAA